AUGUCGAACAUCUCGAAUGGAGGAUCGUCGUCGGCGAUUGAGCUCCAACCAGUAGCUGGAGCCUCCAAUGACCAAAUCCCUCUCCAAAAAGACAACAUUGAUCCCGCCGAGUUUCUCCCUCAACCAUCCACGACCGUCAAUGUUGUGGAACGAUGGAAUUAUCCCAGAAUCAACAUCUACCGGACUUGUGCCACCUUCUUUGCAUUCAUUGUCGCGGGUGCAAAUGACGCUGCUUACGGAGCCUUAAUCCCAUAUCUGGAAGAAUACUACGACCUAUCGUACAUCGUUGUCUCACUUGUUUUCCUGUCCCCAUUGGUUGGCUACGCCUCUUCUGCAAUGCUGAACAACACCAUCCAUGUGCAUUUCGGCCAACGCGGUGUCGCUUUCCUGGGACCAAUCUGCCAUCUUUGCGCCUACAUCGGAAUCGCCCUACACCCUCCAUAUCCAGUCUUGGUGGUUGUGUUCAUCCUGGCAGGUUUCGGAAACGGUAUCGAGGAUGCCGGGUGGAACGCGUUCUUCGGGAAUAUGCCUAACUCGAACGAAAUCCUAGGGUUCUUACACGGAUUCUAUGGCGUCGGUGCUGUUCUGAGUCCCCUCGCUGCCACUAGUUUGAUAACGAAGGCGGGAUGGCCGUGGUAUUCAUUUUACUACAUCAUGAUUGGGGGAGCAGUAAUCGAAUUGAUUACCUCCUUAUCCGCUUUCUGGACUGCAACUGGAGCUGUUUAUCGGGAAGCGAAUCCUCGUACAACUGCCACCAAAGAAAGCCGGCUCACGGAGGCAAUGAAAAGCCGAGUUACAUGGGUUGCUGCACUCUUCCUUUUAUGCUAUGUUGGUGUCGAAGUUGCACUGGGAGGCUGGAUCGUUACAUUCAUGAGGCGCGAACGUGAUGGAGAAGCUUUCGCGUCUGGUAUGGUGGCCACGGGCUUCUGGUUAGGCAUUGCUGUUGGUCGCUUUGUCCUAGGCUUCGUGACGCCUAAAUUGGGAGAGAAAUUCGCUGUCAUGGUUUAUCUUGUGCUAUCCAUGAUAUGCCAGCUGAUCUUUUGGUUGGUCCCCCAAUUCAUUGUAUCGGCGAUCGCAGUUUCCCUCCAGGGCUUCUUCCUGGCACCGUUGUUCCCUGCUGCCAUUGUCGUGGCGACCAAGGCCCUCCCAACUUAUCUCCAUGUCUCGGCCAUCGGAUUUGCAGCUGCAUUUGGCGGAGGUGGUGCGGCCGUUCUUCCAUUUGCAAUUGGAGCACUCGCCCAAGCUCGGGGCGUUUCCAUUCUCCAGCCUGUGAUCCUGGCCAUCCUAGUGGUCCUUCUCCUUCUCUGGGUGAUGCUCCCGGCCGUCAACAAAGUUCCAGCUGGCAGUCCGAAUGAGACUUCCAAGGAUCAGAAACGGUGGAUCAAUAUCGAUUUCGACCUGGUGGAGACUGGUAAAAGGACGAUCCAGAAGGCCCGAGGAACAGGGUAG